UGCAGAGCCGAGAGAAGAGGUUAGAAAGGCAAAGGAUCGGUCAGUCCGCGCACCGAGCUUCAUCGACUGGAUCCCCGAGUCUAGAGUCCUGAGCCUCCAGAACUGGAGAGGAAAGGUAAGAACUGAGCGCUCCAGCAGCUGGUCCUGAAGGAAGCGGCAUUCGGGUGCCCGGUCCCCUGCUAGAGCGCGACCCUACAAUCCAGAAUGCUCUGCUGCAGUCAACCCCACCCUGGGAGCGAUCGCGCCAACUGGGCAGCACAAGCCUAAUUCCUGAUGCCUCCGAGUUUCCAGCGUCACAGUGGCAGUGAGACCCUGCCUGGAGUUGGAGAAACCAGUUAAGCUGGAGACAGCAGCGAGACCCGCCCCUCCUCCCCGGGACGCGCAGCUUCCUUCAGGGAGAUUCUCCCAGGACACCUUUGCACCUGGGAGUCAUUCCAACUCGCUGCUGCCUUCGCGGGGCAGCGCGGACCGGGGCACAUGGAGAAGCCCACCGAGCACUCUGAGAGCGCAAACUCAUCGGGACCGAGCUUCAUGCCCCGCCCCCCACUGACUGUCCAGGCAGUGACCCUGACCCUGGUGCCCCUCGUGUGCGCCGUGGGUGUGGCAGGCAAUGCCAUGGUGGUCCUGGUGGUGGUCCGGAGCCGCCACAUGGUCACGUCCACCAACUGUUACCUGGUGAGCCUGGCCACCGCGGACCUGCUAGUGCUCCUGGCGGCUGGAGUGCCCGCUGUGACCGAGGCGGCCUCCGCCCGGGUUUGGAUCUUCGGCCACGCCGGCUGCCUGGGCAUCACUUACCUGCAGUACGUGGGCAUCAACGCUUCCACGGGCUCCAUCACCGCGUUCACAAUGGAGGGCUACCUCGCCAUCUGCCGCCCUCUGAGCGCCCAGGCUCUGUGCACGGCGGCGCGGGCCAAGCGCAUCGCGGCGCUGGUGUGGCUGGGCACCGGCGCCUACUGCGUGCUCUGGCUCUUCCUGGUGGACACGCGCGAGACCGCGUACGCCGACGGCGUGCAAGUGCAGUGCGGCUACCGCGUGUCGCGGUCCCUUUACCUGCCUGUCUACUUCCUGGACUUCGCGCUCUUCUACGCGCUGCCCCUCGGCUUGGCCACCGUGUGCUACGCGCUAAUAGCGCGCGUCCUCUUCGCGGGGCCGCUGCCUCCUGGCGACCCCGGACGGUCAGGCUCUGUGCACCAGGGCGGCCCCGCUGGCCAAGGGCGCUUGUCUUCCAACGGCAGGAGGGGUGCCUUCCAUUCCCGGAAGCAGAUCACCAAGAUGCUGGCUGUGGUGGUGGUCCUUUUCGCUCUGCUGUGGCUGCCCUACCGCGCCCUGGUGGUGGUGAAUUCCUUCCUGAGCCCGCCCUACCUCAACCUUGGCUUCCUUCUCUUCUGCCGCCUUUGCAUCUACGUGAACAGCGCCAUCAACCCCAUCGUCUAUGCCCUCAUGUCCCAGCGUUUCCGGGAGGCCUUCCGUGGACUGUUUCAGUGCCAUAUGGCCCGGCCCAAGCCCCCGCCCCAGGAGGCCAGCCCUGUUUACAACAGGGUCAUCAGAGACUGUUCCCAGGGCAGACUGGGCUCUUAGAAGAAACCAGGGGACGUGAUGUCCAGACAGGAAGGGGAUCCUGCCGCUUCACGGUGAGACCCCCCCCAUUUACCCCUGUUGAGGUGAAGGGGUCUCCAUGCAUUUGAGGAGACAUGGGUAUUGGAGGAGAGAGUGGUGUCCAGGGCUGUUCGGGAGAGGUGCACAAGCUGAGCACUACACCACCCUAGGGAUCACUAUUUACAUCACAGACAGCCUAGAUUUGUGUGUUUAGUAAAACAGUUUCCCAGUUCAAUAAAUAUACAAAUCUAAGAGGUGCUCCCAAAUAUUUAUUACAUGAAUAAAUGAAUGAAUGAAAACGAAAG